AUGUUGCAGUUGCAUAUAGCUUUUGAGCAAGAUUCAUUUCCUGUUCAGUUCAAAGGGAACUAUCAAUGGAAUCUUCAACGCCUUUUCGGUGCUCUUGUCGUGGUGACACUUGUGUACAAGAUACUAUCGUGGGUGUGGUACUAUGUGGGCGGAUUCGGAUUCAAAGAGUCCAUCAAAAUGCUGAAAACCCACAUUCUGCGACCAAUAUUUGCGUAUUUGAGCGGAUCGUUCUUGCUGAGAUCCAAGAUCGACAAGGAAGUCGAUAAAACGCUGGCAGGUCUGGAAAAUAGCCUUAUGCAACAAAAUGAGCUUUUGACGCAUUUCAAUACUUUGCCCAUUAAGGGUUGGAACGACCGCCAGGUGCUUGAAGAGCUGGACCUUUCGCAAAAAGUGCUCUCCCAUCCAGAUUGGGAAGCAGGCAAGGUGUCGGGUGCUGUGUACCACGGUGGCCACGAUCUGAUACGCUUGCAAAGCCAGGCUUUCGAAAAGUACUGUGUGGCCAACCAGCUGCAUCCAGACAUGUUCCCUGCAGUGAGAAAAAUGGAAUCUGAAGUAGUUUCUAUGGUUCUAGAGAUGUUCAACGCUCCCAAAUCCACUGGAUGUGGCACCACCACAUCGGGCGGAACCGAGUCGCUGCUGCUGGCUUGUUUGAGCGCUAAAAUGUACGCCCUGCAUCGCAAAGGUUGCAAAAACCCAGAAAUUAUAGCUCCCGUUACAGCCCAUGCAGCUUUCGCCAAAGCAGCUCAUUAUUUUGGUAUGACCUUGAGAAAUGCUCCGUUAGAUCCCAAAACCUUCAAAGUUGAUCUCAAGAGAGUACGCAGGCUCAUAAACAAGAAUACGGUGCUGCUUGUGGGGUCUGCUCCAAACUUCCCACAUGGGAUCGUCGACGACAUUGAAGGUUUAGGAAAGCUAGCACAGAGAUACGGGAUUCCUCUACAUGUAGAUUGCUGUUUGGGCUCAUUUCUCAUUGCUUACAUGGAAAAAGCGGGUUUCAAAGAGCUACCGCCUUUCGACUUUAGAGUUGAUGGUGUCACAUCCAUCUCCUGCGAUACUCACAAAUACGGGUUCGCGCCUAAGGGUUCCUCUGUCAUAAUGUACAGAAACCGUGAAUUACGGAAGUAUCAGUACUUCUUGUCAACAGAUUGGUGUGGAGGGUUAUAUGGGUCUCCAACGCUUGCAGGGAGCCGACCAGGCUCCUUAGUAGUGGGUUGUUGGGCGACAAUGAUACACAUGGGCCAACAAGGCUAUAUUGACUCGUGUAAGGAAAUCGUGGCCACGACCAGAGAACUAAAGAAAUAUAUUCAAGACGAGAUCCCGCAGCUUGAAAUCGUGGGUGACCCAUUAUGCUCCGUCAUUGCUGUCAAGUCUUCCCAGAUCAACGUUCAUCAUCUCGCAGACAAAUUGACCAGUAAGGGCUGGCAUUUGAGCGCGCUACAAAAUCCUCCAGCAUUGCAUUUCGCUUUAACCUGGCUAACGAGAUUGUCCAUCGAUGAUCUCAGGCGCACACUACACGAGUGUGUAAAAGAACUCAGUGCUGAACCCAAUGAAGGAGCCGCUUCAGACGGAACCAGCGCUCUCUAUGGGGUUGCUGGGAGCGUACAAACCAGAGGAAUUGUUGACCGAUUGCUUGUUGGAUUCUUGGACACGCUCUACAAGACAGAUCGCGAUUUCUAG